UGACUACUCACGUGACACUGGACAAUACGGAAGUUGAGGGGUUUUUCUAGCAACAACAAAAAAACAAGCGGAGCUUCACUCCCGGUUCCGGUGAACAUUGUGUCCUGGCGUGGCUUCGAGCUUUUAAACGCAUUACCCGACCUUUGUACCCGGGGUUUAACAAGAUGCUGAACGCCGCCGCCGCAGAGAGAAACAAGGAGCCUAUCCUGGCGGUGCUCCGGGGCUGCGUGAACACCGACAGGCGGCUGUACGCGCUGGAGAUAUCCUCCGGUACCGGACAGCACGUGGUGCACUUCGCCCGGGCGCUACACAACAUCACAUGGCAGCCGUCAGAGUUCGACCAUCGAUCAUUGGCCAGUAUAGAAGCCUAUCGCGCCCACAACCAGCUGGACAAUGUGAAGCCCGCCAUCCUUCUGGAUGCUUCUGUGGCUCAUCAGCACUGGGGAGGGAUCCAACCGGAGAGCCUGGAUCUGGUGCUCAACAUCAACAUGAUCCACAUCUCCCCCAUGGCUUGUACGGAGGCAGGUACACCUGCACUACACGGUAACAUCCAAGAGGGUUUGUUCAAAGGGGCUGGAGUGGUGCUGAAGCCCCAAGCCAUGCUCCUGACCUAUGGGCCCUACGCUGUUAAUGGCGACAUCACACCACAAAGCAAUGUUGAGUUCGACAUAGGCCUACGGCAAAGGAACCCAGAGUGGGGGCUUAGGGACGUCUCCCUCCUCAAAUCUCUCGCAGAAAUGAAUGGUUUAUUCCUGGAGAAAAUUGUGGACAUGCCGGCCAACAACAAAUGUCUCCUUUUCAGGAAGGAGAGUUUGGUAUGAAGUGUCGUUCCUUUAUGGGACUGCUCAGAAGGAGGGUGAAAAGCGCCUUGAAUGCACUCAAACUUGCAUGUUGCCAAAUUCACUCAUUAGGAUGAAUACAUACACAGCCAGAAUGAAUGUAUCCUAAGUCUGUAAAACUACAUCACUGCACACCAGUAAAAUAACUCCUUUCAGCAGGAUUUAUUGUCUUUGCCUCUUUGCUGCUAGUCCAAUGAUAUUUACAAUGAUAUAUGUACAGUUAACCUUAAAGAGAUACAUAUGAGCUGCACUUUACAUAUUUAGGCAUACAUAUAAAAACACCAUUAAGAAAGAACACAACAAUAAUGUAAAAAAAUAUAUAGUUUACAGUGGUACUUCAAUGCCGCAGAAUAAUAAGCAAGCUAACAUAUUUUUUUUUAACCUGCUGUUUAAUGACUGAGAGGGCAUUUAAAAGGGAGUAAAGUCUUGUCGGAAAUUUUUGUCUAACACAAAAAGCGAGGUAGAAUUUUGGAAAGCGGAAUGGUACAAAAAGCUUGGUACAUUUUGGGCGAAAAUUCUCAUCGAAAACCCAAAUUAUAAGAUAAGUGCUGUCAAAAACCCAAAUUAUAUGAAAAACAGGAUACAAGAAUGGUAAAAUCAAUCAAAAACCCAAAUUGUUAAAAAGGAACAUUUUCGCCCAGCACAAAACGUCAGGCAACAUUUUGUGGAAAAUAUUCCUCGAAAACUUGAAUCAUACAAAAAGCUAAGUAAAAUGUUAAAAAAAAAAAUCUUCAAACCCGAAUCCUAAGAAAAAAGGGGGAAAAGUUUGGCAUACAUUUUUGGUCAAAACCAAGUCAUAUGAAAAAAUGGGGAAAAUGCUCGUUAAAAACCUUCAUCAUACAAGAAGCCGAGUGAAAUUUUGGCAGAAAUUUUCAUUGAGAACAGAAUGGGACAAAAAAAGUGGUAAAAUAAUGGCUACAUUUUUAGUCUGAGAUGAAAUGCGAAGCAAAAGUUUGUAGAAAUGUUUCCUUAACAACUGGAAUCAUACAAAAAGCAGGGUCAUGUGUUGGAGAAAAAUGUUGUUAAAAACCUAAAUAGAAAAAGGGGAUAAAGGUUUGGCAAAACUAUUUGGUGAACACAAAGAGCAAGGCAAAAUGUUGUGGAACAUUUUCCUUUAAAACUUAAAUCAUACAAAAAGCAAAGUAAAAAUGUUGCUUUCUUUUUCUUCAAACCCGAAUCCUAAAAAAAAAAGGGGUAAAAGUUUGGCAUACAUUCUUUGUCAAAACCAAGUAAUAUGAAAAAAGGGGUAAAAUAACACCUACAUUUUUAGUCUGAGGCGAAAUGCAAAGCAAAAGUUUGUAAAAAUGUUUCCUUAAGAACCGGAAUCAUACAAAAAGCAAGGUAACGUGUUAGAGAAAAAUGCUGUAAAAAACCUAAAUAGAAAAAGGGGGUAAAGGUUUGGCGAACACAAAAAGCCGGGCAACAUUUUGUGGAACAUUUUCCUUAAACUUGAAUCAUGCAAAAAGCAAAGUAAAAUGUUGCAUUUUUUUUCUUCAAACCCGAAUCCUAAGAAAAAAGGGGUAAAAGUUUGGCAUACAUUUUUGGUCAAAACCAAGUCAUAUGAAAAAAGGGGGGAAAUUAUAUUGAAAAUGCUCCUUAAAAACUGUAAAAAGCCUAGUGAAAUUUUGGCAGAAAUGUUCAUCGAAAACAGAAUCGGACAAAAAAAAGGGGUAAAGUAACAUCUACAAUUUUAGUCGGAGAUGAAAUGCGAAGCAAAAGUUUGUAGAAAUGUUUCCUUAAGAACCGGAAUCAUACAUAAAGCAGAGUCAUGUGUUGGAGAAAAAUGUUGUAAAAAACCUGAAUCAAAAAAGGGGAUAAAGGUUUGGCGAAACUACAGGUAUGUGUCGAAUACAAAAAGCAGGGCAAAAUGUUGCGAAUUGUUUUUGGCGAUAACCCAAUUAUACGAAAGCAGGGUACAAUAUAGCCAUCUUAAACCUGAAUAAUUAUAAAAGUGGUGUGAAAUUGUUCGCCAAGACCUAAAUCCUACAAAAAGUGGUACGUAUGAAAGCCAAGUAGACGUCAUUUAAGUGACUGUUCAACUCCACUGUAAAUGCGAAGAUAUUUUCUAACUCAGGGGUGUCAAACUCAUUUUAGCUCAGGGGCCGCAUGGAGGAACACCUGUGCACACGCGGGCCGGACUAUUAAAAUCAUGACAUUAAAACUAAAAUAUAAAGACAACUUCAGUGCACUGUGAGUGAACGGGGACAUACAGUUGAUAGACAAUUGCGAUAGCCAAUCAGAUCACGAGUUGUUGUCAGUAAGGCCUUCUAGAUGGCUGAUGGAUGUUGAAGAUCCUGUGAUUGGAUACUCAUCUGGACCGUUAGCAGAUGAAUUUGAGAACACAUAGAGUUGAUAGACAGUUGCGAUGGCCAAUCAGAUCACAAGUUGUUGACAGUAGCUGUUCUGUUACAACUAAAAGUUGUAAACUCUUGUUGUUAAAGUGUGUCAUGCUUGUCAUUUAAUUAACAUUGUUACGUGUGUAUUUGUUGCCAUCAUGUGGUCAGGGCAGUUAAUAUAUCUUUGAGAAGUGUGUACUUUGAAUCAAACGUUAUUGACCGGAAGUUCCAUAAGCCAAGCAGAGAAAUGUACGGUAUAUGUUUUAAUUGCUGAUGCGUUUUAAUUGAUUUUUAAAUGCGCCAGAAAAUAACCCGUUUUGUAUACUGUGGAUGUGAUUCAGUGCCCAGUAGGGCGUAAAUGUGUUCCUGUAUAGUAUUUCUCCAGCAAUGGUCAUGUGGGGACAUCAAUUAUGGUAUUUUGAGAGGUAAUCAUUGAAGUCGGACAUCACUGAAGGCCUAGGUGGGAAACGCACGGCCCGCCACGGGAAUUAAGUAACGUUUAUGACAACCUUUUUCCAAAACACAAUAUAGAAUGUGAGAUACAACAGGAUAAUGCAUACAUUUAUCAUUUGUUUUCAAAACGCUUUACAAAAAAGUGGGACCCCAAGAAUGUACUGUGGGACCCUGUUUUUAUGACUUGAUGGGACCCCAUUUUGGAAGUUUCUAGCGCCAAGCCAACACUGAUGGGAGCAUUGGUGCACGCAAAACAGCAGCAGACGGCUGUGGCCUGCGGGCCGGUUCUAAUACUAAUCAAAUAUCAUCCCCGUAGAUCAGUGGUUCUUAACCUUGUUGGAGGUACCGAACCCCACCAGUUUCAUAUGCAUGUUCACCGAACCCGAACCGUAAUCAUAAAAUGAUGUUAUCAUAUUAAAGAAAUACUAAUAAAGAUGUAUUUUACAAACAGAAAGUUACAGGAAUGUACGCAUGAUCCCAUGUUUACAUCUCAUUGUGCAACAUGUGAAUGUUUUAGUGGGAACUAAAUGCGAUAUCUAAAAGGGAUACACAUUAUUUCCAAAGUAGGACCCCGACCCAGACAUAUAAUACUAGUACACAGCUCAUGAAAAACAAUAUAAUAAUAAUAAAACAUUGAACUUAUUUAGUCAGGUUUGGGACAGGUGUGCUGCAGGUGUGACCACAGUGCAUGUGCACGUCUGACAUGCACUCUACUAAAUGCUCAAGGAGUUUUUGCGUUUGUUCACACAUAUGGAAAAUUAGAGGGAACAUUGUUUGGGGGUAUCCAUAAUACGGCGACAUGGAGAAGUUUUUGUUUACACGAUGAGUCGGGUGUGUCUUGACCUCCGCGGCGGAGGCUCUGCCGAACCCCUGAGGCCGACCGACUCACCGAGCCCCUAGGGUUCGAUCGAACCCAGGUUAAGAACCACUGCCAUAGAUCAUUCAUUGACUCGACUUUGACACCCCUGUUCUAACUGCUACCGUACAAUCAAAAGAUCUCUUCGAAACAUUGAAGAAGUAUUUGUAAGAGCAGAUUUGGAUUGUGGUACCCAGUAGAACAGCAAUCGUCUAUCAUCUGACAUGAAAAGUGUCAGUUCAUUGCUAAAUGUUCCUCGUGACCAUCUGUUGGUGCACCCAUCUGUGCAAGAACACGUCCUGAGACUUUUACAACGUCUGGCAGCUCUUCUUCACCAGAACUUCCCGGAGCUUCUUGAGUCUGCGCUCCGUGACGGCUUUGACGUAGCUGUCGGACUGGAUGAUGGCCACGCCGUCCUGCACCACCCCCAUCACCAGCAGCGGGUUCUCCUCCAGGGUGAUGUUGGGGCAGGGACACGUCCAGUCUAUCUUGUCGAUGGUCACCUCCAGGUGCUCGGUGUUGAAGAAGGACAGGCCCAUCUUCUCGUCUCGGAGAACCUCCUCCAGGCUGAACCGCGCCAAUCCGGAGUCCAGGUCCUCCACCAGUUCGGUCAACCGCCCCACGAUGGCGAAGUCGCUGCGGCAUAAGCUGGGCACCAUCUUCCCUUUGACCCGACACGCCUUGCAAGGUUUCCUUCUGGGCGUCGGGCAGUUGGCGUCGCACUCCUUCUGCGUGCGGAAGCUGUUGGCGUUGCCAUGGCAGCCGCCGUAGGCGAACGCCUGGCAUCGUUUCAUCAUGGAGUUCCAAGCCCAACGCACUUCCCAGGUUUUGCAGGGCCCCUGGACCGCCGGCAGGGAGCAGACCCCCGCUCCCUCGCGCUGACACGACGCCUUGCACUCCUCGAACGUCUCGAAGCGGUUGCGGCUGUCGUCGCAGCCGCCAUUGCUGAAGGCCGCGCAGGAGCCCAGCUUGCCGUCGUAGAACCAAUCCACGUGGCGCUCGCCGCUGCACACUCUGGUGUCCGCUUCCGCCAGGCAGUCCGCCGGCGAGAAGGGCCUCCCCAUGGGCAUGUCGGGGUCCUCGGAGAAGUCGUCGCCCGCCCGGCGUAUGACCGACAAAGGGUAGUCGGCGCGGAGCACCCCCGCUGAGUUGCGUGCGACGCAGGUGUAGAUGCCCGUGUCCCACACCUGGGCGCUGUAGAUGACCAGCUGCCCGAUGUUGGUGAUGACCACGUUCCCGUACAUCUGAUCCGGCCUCAUGACCAGGCGCUCACGGCGGUCGCUUUGCUUCUCCCAGGUGACAUCGGGUCUGGGGACGCCGAUGACGUCGCAGUGGAAGCUGACCGUGCCGCCGACGUAGACGGACUGGUGGCGAGGGUUGGAGUACAGCGUGGGGGACAUGGGCUCCUCCCGGGAGGACGUGGGCGUGGGGUAGGCGGUGGUGUCCUGCGGCGCCGACGGGCUGGUGUGAGGCCCGGCCAGGUAGAACCUGCAGGCGACCACCGUCAGCGUCACGCCGCGGACGCAGGCCUCGGCGUCCAUGUAGCAGCGGUUGAAGUAGGUCAGGCCGUCCGAGGCGCAGGUGAAGUUGGGCUCCUUCUCGCACCUGUCCUGGCACUUGCAGACGGGUUGGUCGUCCCAGAUGUCACAGGUGGCUCCCUGCUGGCUGCAGAUAAAACCAUCGCACGUGGCCGCCGCCGUUGCCCCUUCGCCAAGGCCGCUGGGCUGAGCAGGCGUGCCAUCAGAGAAACGUGCGGCCACGCAGCUGCUGAGUCCGCACACGUUGGUGCAGCACUUCUCAAAGUCCGCACAAUCCUGACAAUUAAAUAAACAUACACAUAUAUAGUCGAGGUUACUGUGGUUUAUCCGUUAUACAGUGCUCAAUACCGGGUUAGAGCGGAAUAUACGUUAGCCUCUGUGUUUUUUC